AUGUGCAGGCAGGAGGUUACCAUGCUGUACGGAGCGGCAGGAGACGCACAGGCCGCUGGCGACACCGAUGAAGCCCACGACGCAAGAGCCGGAUCAGCACCGGCGACAACGACCGGCUCCCCGGAGAUUCAGGAGGAGAUAUCCAGGUUCAACGACCGAAACUCGGGACGGUGGAGAUCGCCGUGGCAGGUCAUCGAGGACGCCCCGCUGCUGCUCCGGCGGUUGUGGUCGGACCUCAGCCGGGGGGACACUCGGGUGUUCGGCGAGUUGAUGCGGAGAGGGGUGCAGCUGCAGCUCUUCGUGGCCGCCUUGUACAUUCUGAGCCCGAUCGACGUGAUCCCCGAGAGCCUGGUCGGAAUCGCGGGUCUCCUCGACGAUCUGGUAGUCGUGGUCUUCCUGCUGCUCCACCUCACCUCCGUGUACCGCACGGUUCUGCUCUCCUGGGAAAGGUCGAGAGCAGCGCGCGCCGAAGCCGCUGCUGCUGCGGCCGCGACGGCAACUGCUUCUGGUGCCGAAGCCGCCGCCGCCGCCGCCGCCGCCGCCGCGCCCCCCGCCGCGGUCGCUUCCGGCGAGGGCAGGUUCGACAACUCCCCCCAGGGGGCCGGAAUGGCGGCAGUGCUCGCUCUAAUGGUGGGCGCGCUGUUGGCGCUCGCGGGGGGCGGGGAGGGGCAAACGGCGAUGGCGGCAGGGGCGAUGGGGGCCGCGGUGGCGGCAGCGGCGGAGCGCUAUGGGUCAAGGGCGCCGCGGGCGAUGCCACCAUUGGCUGGGGAUUGGUAG